GUGCUUCAAAUACAGUGAGGAACGUCGGGCCAGGUUAUAAUGCACUGAUGUUAUGAUUUUACAGAAGUCGGUUAUUCUAUUGUAAUGCGAGCUUCGAGAUAGCGAGAAAGGUUCAAAUUCAACAUCCGCAAGGUUAUUACGACCGAAGAUGUCGAUAUUGGUCAUUUAAUUUUCAAGGUGACAGCGAAAUUCUUGUAACCAAGGAGUGGAAGACAUCGUUCAAUUGGAAGCCGCCUGCAUUUGGUACAGAGGAUUAAAGCUCCAUCGGCAUAGCAGAAGAAGUCACAGUUUAACCUGGCCCAGGGUUAACAGGGUUACCUCAUUCUACUGCAACAUGGGAGGAUCUGGGAUCUGUGCUCGGCUGAUGAUUGUCUUUCUAAUGGUGAUCUCAUGCCAAAGUUCAGAAGCUAGUUCUCCCUGCCCAGCGCAGUGUGUAUGUGAAACACGUCCAUGGUACACACCUCAAUCGGUAUACCAUCAGGCCAAGACGGUGGACUGCAAUGAGCUCCAUCUUAGUGGGGUCCCGUGGAAUAUUUCAGGUGACACUCAGGUGCUUCUCCUCCAGAGUAACAACAUCUCCUCUGUGUCUGUGGAGCUCCAGAGUCUAGUCAACCUCACAGAGCUAGACCUCUCCCAAAACCACUUCACACAGAUCCAAGACAUUGGACUGCACAACCUGACCCAGCUUGUCACUCUCUACCUUGAGGAAAACCAAGUAAAAGAACUGCAAGAUUUCUGUCUGAAGGAUCUUGACAGUUUGGAAGAGCUUUACAUCAACCAUAACCAAAUCUCCUCCAUUGGGCCUAAAGCCUUCUCUGGGCUCAGAAAUCUCCUGAGGCUCCAUCUCAACUCCAACAAGCUGGUGGCCAUAGACAGCCACUGGUUUGAGUCUCUCCCUAACCUUGAGAUUCUUAUGAUAGGGGAGAACCCCAUCCUGGGGUUACAGGAUAUGAACUUCCACCCCUUGUCAAAGCUGCACAGUCUGGUGCUGGCUGGCAUGGGCCUCAGGGAGGUCCCGUCGGGAGCUUUCCAGGGGUUGGAAUACCUGGAGAGUCUGUCCUUCUUUGACAACAAGCUGACAGCAGUCCCCAAAGAUGCCCUCCGGGUCCUACCAAAUCUCAAGUUCUUAGACCUUAACAAGAAUCCCAUUGGCCGUGUUCAGGAGGGAGACUUCCAUGAUUUCCCCCAUCUGGAGGAGCUGAGUCUGAAUAACAUGGAGGGCCUGGUUGCCAUUGAGAGGGGGGCGUUCUCCAACCUCCCAGAGAUGGCAAAACUGGAAAUUUAUAACAACCCCCAUUUAGCUUAUAUUGAUCGUGCUGCUUUCAUUGACAUGGGCGGCCUGCGCACUCUGUUAGUCCACAACAAUGACAUCAGCCUCUUGUCACACGAGGUUUUGUCCUCUUUCCCUAGCCUGGAUGAAGUGAGUCUCCACAGUAACCCUCUCAGGUGUGACUGCCUCUCUAACUGGGGCCCAGUCCUGGGGAACCAGUCCACCCUCAAGUUGCUGGAGUCCCAAAUCACCCUCUGUGCCUCCCCUCCCCAUUUGGUUGGCCACGCCCUCCAGGAAGUGGUCACCACCAGCUGGAAUGUUGUCAGCAACACCUGCCUCCCUCACAUCUCCCUGCACACAUUCCCCCCACUGCUCAAUGUCACUGCUGGACAACCCCUGACUCUGGACUGUUGGGCUGUUGCUGACCCUGCACCUCAGUUCUACUGGGUGACGCCAACAGGAGACAAGGUGACCUCAGAGGCUGUCUCUGCAGUCAUGGUGGACGGCAGGAGCACAAAGAAACACAGACUGCAGGAACAGGGGGCUCUGGAGAUCCUCCAGGUUGAGCCAGCUGAUUCUGGUCUGUACACGUGCGUGGCGUGGAACACAGAGGGGGCGGACACGCGUAGUGUGUCAGUGUACGUGGAGAAAGGAGACUGGCACGGUGGCAGGCUGAAUGUCGGGGGGCACACAGUAAACACCAUAAUGGCCCUGGUGGUCCUGGCUAAGAUCAUCCACUCCCAGUCAGUGGUCCUGGAGUGGAAACUCUACCCUCCUCACUUCCACAGCCAUGAGGCAUCUCAGCCCAAGUGGUCCAGCGCCACCAUGAAGAUUGACAACCCUCAGAUCAGCUAUACAGCCAAGGUUCCGGUUGAUGUGCAAGAAUACAACCUGACUCACCUGUUGCCCUCGACAGAGUACAGAGUGUGUCUGACCAUGUCAGCUACAGAACAGCAGACGCAACACUCCUGCAUCAACGUCACCACCAAGGAGGCCAGUUUUGCUGUGGAGAUGGUGGCCCAGCCCACCAAUGUGGCCCUUGCAGCUGUCAUGGGCUCCAUGUUUGCCAUCUGCAUCAUGGCCCUGCUUGUAUUCUACAUGGGCCGGCGUAUGAAGCAGAAAUCCUGCCAUCACUCCCUGAAGAAAUACGUGCAGCAUGCCACCUCCAUCCCCCUGAAUGAGCUCUACCCUCCCCUGAUCAACCUGUGGGAGAACGAGACUGAGAAGGAGAAAGAGGGUCCAGUGGAUCCCCAGAACUCUCAGAUUGACACCUCAAAGACAUACAUGUGGUAAUAAAGGUCAAAGUGCGUAGAUGUAAAAGAGACAUUUAACGACGUUUAUGUACUGUACUGUAUGUAAUCUUAGUUACUGCUCAAUCUUGAGAUUUAAGAGUAAGAUGUCAUUGUGAAAGAUAAGGUAUUUUUAGACUGCAGAUCUCUAGCUCAAGCACACUUAGUUGUCCCGUUGAAUAAGGAUCCUAUUGUAAUGCAGUUAUGUUACAUAAGGAAAUAUGCUGAGUGGGCCAGGUUUGAAGUAUCCAUGGCCAAACACACCUCCACAGAAGUACACUGUAACAUCAAGCAUGUAAGAUAUUUUAUUGUUUAUUUAAUUCACUUUCUAGAUUAUAUUUAACUAAAUAUGAAACGAAACCAUAAUACAUUUCUGCCAGAGCACUUAGGUCAAGACCUGUUCACUGCUGCGUACUAAUUCCAAAUCACUGUUUAGGAUUUUUUGCAUGUCUACCUGCAUGUUUUUCCUGUGCUCUGAGUAUUUAGUCAAAUACCCCUUCUCUCCUUUCCCUUUGAAAUAUACAGGUGUAAAGCUGACAACAAAAUGUUUAUUCUACUUGGGGGUCGUAUCCUGUUGUUCUUUCUUCUUUAGAUGAUUACUCCUAACACAACGGACCCUGUUUCAUAGCUUUAAAGGUGGACUCGGCGAUAUGACGUAGAUGGAGAAAGUAAACAGCAUAGUGGGUCAAUUUCCGCAACAACUAAGAGCGUUGAAGCGCGAGGCUCAACUUCUCCGCUUAUUUUGGUGCCAUGGCUACCACGCUGUGAACCCCGUGCACAUGCGCAUAUACUGUGUGUGACUGUGUGAGAGCGAAGUCUUGCUCAUAUCUGCGGUGCAGCUUGUGGCAACGUAAUUUCACGGAGUCUACCUUUAACAGUUCAUGAUCAUACAGGAAAUAAAUGCCAUUCUUGUCUGGCAUUGCAUUUGUUGUCCAUUUGUUACUGUUAGCCUGCACAUGAAGAAAAAAAACAGCAUUUGAAUGUAUGUUUAUUUAUUUGUUUGCUAACUUGUUUCAUAUAUAUUUAUUUUCUCACAUUUUAUAAUCGAAAAAUGUGCAUUAUAGUUAACCUAUGCAGGAUAAAUGAACACUACCCUCAUGUUCUUUGACUUGUUCAUUACCAGACCGAGAUCAUGAUGAAGUCAUGCAGAGUUGAACCUUUAUUAAGUUUCUCUGCAUGGACAGCUAAGGGGUAUUAACAACAUGCAUUUUCCUUCACACACAAUGCAACAUUUAGUGCUAUCUACUGUCUAUCAUGGUGGUUAAUUACCACAUACACGUGAUUUAUUUAUGUUCUAUUAAAAAUAGAUUUCUAGAAUAUAGCAAUUUAAGGUUGCACACAAUGGCCAGUUACUGCAUGAGUUUGCACUAUAUUUUGUGGACUGUUUUUGACUGUUUUUUAAACCAUGCCAUACAGUACAAGUGAACCUAUUUAAGAUGGAAUAUUUACUCACAAUACAAUGCACUUAGUUGUUGGACUAUGCUCAUCCAAAUGUCUCCCCUGUACCAAAAUAUUUCAACCAAGAUUCGACAGCUUGAGCAUAUCUGGAAAAUGUCUCCAGGAUAUACUGCUUUUUAACUCAUAGAUGUAACACAAUAUUUAGACACAUUACAUGGUUUUGCAUUAGAUGUAGGAAACUGCUUAUUUUUUCAUUUAAUUUUAUAACCUGAUGAAACAUCCAAACAUUUUAUUUAUGUGCUUAUUUGUUUAUAUAUUGAUUGAUUGAUUAUGAAUAUGACACAUAUUAAUCAAAAAUCAGUUUUUUAUAUAUAUAUAUAUAUAUAUAUAUAUUGAGCUAUUCAAAAACAUUAAGCCAAGGAAUAACAUUUCAGACACAAUACAUUUAUUGUGUGUAUAGUUCCAUAACUAAGAGGCUGAAAAUAUCUUUUGAUCUAUCAAAAUGCUGUAUGUAGCAAAAGGCUGACUCUCAAAAUGAAAUGUUAUUGACUAAAGCAUGCCCUCUAGUGGCAUUAGGUCCUUAAUCAAAGUACAGUGUAACGUUUCAAAUGCUGUAGUCUAGAAUUUGAUUAAACUUGACAGUGAAUUGCAGGGUAUUUUGUAAUAUAAAGCAAUCUUGUUAUAUUUUAAUUAAACCAUUAAUAUUCCUCAACACUUUAGACGUAUCGGUCUGUGCUUCUGUAGUUAAUGGGAGAUGACUGUGAAGAAAUGUAUUUCUUGACAUGAAUAAAAUCAUUAUCCCAUUUAUUUGAA